UGUUUGUGAAAUUGUUACUAGUCUCUCACAGCUCCUCAGAUGCCUGACAUGGUUUUCAACAAAUCUCACUAGAACCGGCUUUCGCAAAAGUAUUCCGGUUUAUUUAUAACGUUCUCGAAUUGAAGUUUACAUAAGUGCAAAGUUCAAAGGAUGUGGUUUAAAAGGAUAUUAUGUGUUUUGUUAUUUAUCUUAGUCACAAACAUACAGACAGAACCACAUUCACAGUUAAAUAUAUCGUCGCGAAUGAAACGGCAAGAAAAACCAUGGAUUUGGGGUGAAGUGAAAACAAAUAAAAGCGGCCUUGGGUCUGGGCAUACGACAGUGAGACCUACUACUAAGAACAGACACAACCCGUGCGACCCCUAUGACCCGCCGAAGCCAGAUUUUAGGUCACCAGGCCGUAGGAUAAGCCAAACAAAAUGUUUAGAAUACAUCUGGGAGAGAAAAAAUAGAGACGAUCAAAACGACAGGAGCAAGGAAUGCAUGGAACACCUGAGAAAUACAGGAUUUCGUAAAGUUCAGUUUACUAUAGGUGGAAGAAACGCUCUGCCAGGAGAAUUCCCCCAUAUGGGCGCUCUUGGAUGGAGAGCGGUAGCAGGCACGUGGGUAUUCAAGUGUGGAGCCAGCCUCAUCAGCUCCAAGUUCCUGCUGACUGCGGCGCACUGCUCCAAAGCCACUCCGCUGGAUACCAACAUUGUUAGCGUAGAUCCAGAAAUCGUUAGACUUGGGGACAAGAAUAUUAUAGAUACGUGGUCCCGUGGCCUUAAUCCGAUAGAUGCAAAAAUUCUGCGAAUCAUCGUGCACCCAGAAUACAAAGCGCCCAAGAAAUACUAUGAUAUAGCGAUAAUAGAACUAGAGGAAGAAAGGUUCUUUACAAGCAACGUGCAGCCUGCUUGCCUGUGGAGCGAGUUUGAUACCAGCAAACUUGGAACUUCUGCUACUUUGACAGGAUGGGGCGUUAUCGAGACUGCAAGAAGACUAACAUCCCCAACACUGCAAGCUGCGGUGGUGGACAUCAUCGACUCAGAGCUGUGCAACAAUUUGCUGAAGCAGUCGUGCAACCGGCAGUGGUGCGGGAUACAGGAGCAUCAGAUAUGCGCUGGGAAGUUGGCUGGAGGUGUGGAUGCUUGUCAGGGAGAUUCAGGAGGGCCUUUGCAAGUGAAAAUAAACCUGCCGUAUUCUCGCGAGGGCUCCAUGCACUUCGUGAUCGGCGUCACGUCGUUCGGGAUAGGAUGCGCGCGCCCCAACCUGCCCGGCGUCUACACCAGGGUCUCGAGCUUCGUGGACUGGAUCGAGGGCAUUGUAUGGCCUGAUAGCUAAAUUAGUUCAAGUAAAUUCGUUGUUCUUUGGAAGACGGGCAGGUCGUUGUUUGGGAUGCAACGUGUGCAGACAUGGUGCAGACACUUUAGCCGCAUUCCACAUUCAGGCGACCUCCUCUGUGGCGAGUGCAGCGGCCACCAGCGCCGAACGGCCCAAGAGGCGCAAAUAUGAAAACGAUGAGAGCUUCAUAUUUGUACCUUUUGGCGUGGAGACCUUGGGGCCAUGGGGCCCGGGGGCUCGAGCUCUUUUUGAGGAAAUUUCGAAAAGGGUUAUCGAGUCAACCGGGGACCCUAGAGCUGGCAGCUACCUUGGGCAAAGAAUUAGUUUGGCCAUCCAAAGGGGUAAUGCUGUCAGCAUCUUGGGUAAAAUACCUCGCUGCGGUGGUCUCGAUGAGGUUUUAGAUUUAAUUUAAAUCAU